CUCUCUCCUCUCUCCCAUCCCCCCCCUCUUUGUUUCUCUGUCUCCACUCUCUCCCUGCCCCUCCUUCUCUGUCUCUUCUUUCUCUUUCUCUCUGUUUUUGUCUGGCUUUCUUUUCUCUGCACUGGCCACCCUCCCCCACCCCAGGGUAAGGCUUUAAAUUCUUCCCAGGCAGCUACAUCUGUGUAAGACGUUCCCUGCUCACCAAACACUGAACAUGAGAAAAGGCUGACAUAGCUCUGGUCACAUAUUGCCUUUGGUAGAAGCACUAGUAGAGUAAAGGAGGCUUGGUGAAUCCUUGCUCUGGGCUUGCUUUGUGUCCUCUAGCUCGCCAGCUCUGCAUUUCAUUCUUUCCUCUUACACAUCCUAGAGGAACAGGAGCUCUGGAGGAAUCCUGACUGGUGUGCAGAAGUGCCCAGCUGUCCUUUGGAGAGCGCAGUAGCCAGCCUUUAGUCUAGAGACUGACCAGCGAUGACAGCCUAGCCGUGGGGUGAGAUGGAACGCUUCACCGACUCUGGAACUCAAACAGAUGCGGUGGUGGUGCUGUCCCUGGCACAGGCCGCUGUCUUGGGCUUGGUGUCCGAGAACGAGCUCUUUGGCGCAACCAUCAGCCCCGGAGGCUUCUUUCCAGGGCUAGGAAAUGAGCUCGCAGACACUGCCACAGUGGAACCAGAGGAUCCGGAAAGCACUUACAGGCUGGAGAAGGAAGGCUGUGUCCCAGCUGAGGCACCGGAGGAAGAGGGGCUGGAGGCAGAGACUCCAUUUGAAAAACAUACCCGGAGGAGGAAGCGGCCCCCGGUGAGGCUGGUGCCCAAGGUCAAGUAUGAAAACCCUGCAAGUGCGGACGAGGAGGUGCUGUACGAAGUGUCUGUCCCUGGCGACAGCAAGGAGGAGAUGCCGAGCAGCCACCCGCCCAGCCUCGAGGAGUCUGGCUGUGAGAAGACCGUGCAGAGCAGUGCCAUGAAGAUGAUUGAUCUCAGUGCUUUCAGCAGGAAGCCCCGGCGCUUGCGGCAUCUGCGCAGACACGCGCAGCAGGACGAGGGCCUGGGGAGUUACGAGCACAGCUGUCCAGACCCCAUCCAGGUCGGUUACACUGAGGCUAGCAUGGGCGGGGCUCCAGCAAGCACGGGGCCAGAGGCCCUUGGGAGUGAGUGCAGCUUCGAGGCGAAUGCUGCAUCUCUGGAGGCACCCAUGCCGGAAUCGCCAGAGCAGGGGAAGAGUGAGCAGGGCUUUACGUGGCAGGAGCCAGCAGAUUUUGACGCAGACGCAUCUGGAGUCAACACUGAACGCAACAAAAAGGCCCAGCUGGACCGGCUGGACAUAAACGUUCAGAUCGACGACUCCUACCUGGUGGAGGCGGGGGACCGCCAGAAGCGCUGGCAGUGCCGCAUGUGCGAGAAAUCCUACACCUCCAAGUACAACCUGGUGACACACAUCCUGGGCCAUAACGGCAUCAAGCCCCACUCCUGCCCGCACUGCAGCAAGCUCUUCAAGCAGCCCAGCCACCUGCAGACGCACCUCCUGACGCACCAGGGCACGCGGCCGCACAAGUGCGAUGUGUGCAGCAAAGCCUUCACGCAGACCAGCCACCUGAAGAGACACAUGCUGCUGCACAGUGACAUCAAGCCGUACAGCUGCCACUUCUGUGGACGGGGCUUCGCCUACCCCAGCGAGCUGAAGGCCCAUGAGGUGAAGCAUGAGAACGGGCGCUGCCACGUGUGCGUGGAGUGUGGGCUGGACUUCUCCACGCUGACACAGCUCAAGCGCCACCUCUCCACACAUCAAGGGCCCACGCUCUACCAGUGCCUGGAGUGCAGCAAGUCCUUCCACUACCGCAGUCAGCUGCAGAACCACAUGCUGAAGCACCAGAAUGUCCGGCCCUUCGUCUGCACUGAGUGCGGCAUGGAAUUCAGCCAGAUCCACCAUCUCAAGCAGCACUCGCUCACGCACAAGGGCGUGAAAGAAUUCAAGUGUGAGGUGUGUGGGCGUGAGUUCACCCUGCAGGCCAACAUGAAGCGGCACAUGCUCAUACACACCAGCGUCCGUCCGUACCAGUGUCACAUCUGCUUCAAGACCUUUGUGCAGAAGCAGACCCUCAAGACCCACAUGAUUGUGCACUCGCCAGUGAAGCCAUUCAAAUGCAAGGUUUGUGGGAAGUCCUUCAACCGCAUGUACAACCUGCUGGGGCACAUGCACCUGCACGCAGGGAGCAAACCCUUCAAAUGCCCCUACUGCUCCAGCAAGUUUAACCUGAAAGGCAACCUGAGCCGGCACAUGAAGGUCAAACACGGGGUCAUGGACAUCAGCCUGGACAGCCAAGAUCCCAUGAUGGAACUGACCGGGGCAGAGCAUGCGGAGCUAGACCCCCAGCAGGAAAUGGAGGAGUACGAUGAGAACACCUAUGACUACGCAGGGGUGGGCAACCCCCCGGACGAGAAUGCCCUGACAGAGCAGGCCAUGAAGGAAAUGGCCUAUUAUAACAUGUUGUAGCUGAGAGAUGGGGGCCUCGGCCCAGCCAGGUGCAGGGUCAAGAGAGGGAGUGACAUGGGGAAAUCAAGUUCCUCUCCCCUGCUGCAGCAUCCAGAACCAAAAGCCAGGCUCAGCGGGGCCUGCCCCAUGGCACUCCAUGGUGAAGGAGGAAACGGGGAUGGCUCUGAGCCCUGGCAGUGCCAGGCUGGAGCUGGGCUGCAGGAAGUAGUAGCCCUCAGCCACAGGCCUGCAGAGGUGAGUGAGCCACUCAGGCUGGAGUGAGACGGGCCUGCUGAAAGCCUGCAGGCCCCUCACCUAGCUCAUCCCCUCUCAGGGCCCUUUUCCACCACCUCUGCCCCUUGCCUAUUCGUUCCUGCCUGCAGUCUCCACUGCGAAGGGUGAGCAUAGCGCUCAGGCUGCGGCACCAGGAGGGAGUGCUGGCUCCUGGGCUCAGCCCCUGGGGGGCACUAGAAGAGAUGCUCUCUAGCCACCAUGUUUUCCCCAGGUAGGGAAAGGCAUGGUCCAGAACCUGCUGAGCAUUAAUUAUAUUCUACCUCCUCCCUAGUCUGCUGUGGUGGGGACUAUAGCACAAUCCUGUCUAGGAGAUGCUUGGACCUAGCUCGUCCCACUUUAUCUCCCCUCUCAGCUGUGCAGCUACCCUCCACCACAGGAAAUAGCCAUGGGGGGGCCUCUCCUGCUCUCCUCCCUUUGCCCACGCAGGAGCCAGGACCAAUGGCUCUCACAGCAGCCUGGAGUGGGAGGGAGAGAUGCUGCUGCCAUGCACACAUAGAGUAUUUUCUUAUCAACCCCUGGGGGAGGCUCAGGGCUGGGUGCUGUGUUUAAAGGACAGACCUGUACAAACCUGAGAAAUGGUGGUAUUUUGAAAGUAAUUUAUUUUUUUCAGAUGUGCUGAGUGGUUAAAGGAUAAAUCAAACCAC